CCGAAAACCUCCCUCGUCCUCCUCUCCACUCUUGUCGGAUCCAAAACCUCCCAACAUCCGCUAAGCUGCCACUCGUCCCCACCGCGCGCGCGCCAUCGCCAACCCAUGUCCUCCUUCGACUCCGUCACCGCCGUCGCCGGCGACGACGACGACGUGCUCCCUCCCCAUCCCUUCGACGUCGACGACGACCUCGGCGCCGCCCUCCGCCGCGGCCACCGCUUCGCCGCCUCCUACUCCUCCUUCGGCACCGCCGCCUCCGAGGACGACCUGGCCGUGGCCGGCGGCGCCGCCGCCCCCGGCGACGGCGUCUUCGUCGGCGGGUUCGGCAUGCCGCUGGACUCGAGCGGCGCCCCCGCGUACGGCUACGGGGCGGAGGACUUGGUCAACGGCCACGUGGUGGGUCGCCACGGCGGCGGUGGCGUGAUCGGCGGGGCCGGCGGCAUCGACGAUGACGGCCUCUUCGUCGGCGCGCCUGACGACGGGGGGCCCGUCCUGCCGCCGCCGGAGGACAUGAAGGAGGAGGGCAUCCUCCGCCGCGAGUGGCGCCGGCAAAACGCCCUGAUGCUGGAGGAGAAGGAGCGCAAGGAGAGGGAGCGGCGCGCCGACAUCAUCGCGGAAGCCGAGGAGUUCAAGAAAUCCUUCGCCGAGAAGCGCAAGCUGAACUGCGACGCCCACCGGACGCAGAACAGAGAUCGGGAGAAGCUGUUCCUGGCGAACCAGGAGAAGUUCCACAAGGAGGCGGACAAGCAGUACUGGAAGGCGAUCGCAGAGAUGGUGCCGCACGAGAUCCCGGGGCUGGAGAAGAGGGGGAAGAGGAGGGAGCAGAUGGAGGCGAAGCAGCCCGGCGUCGUGGUGGUGCAGGGCCCCAAGCCCGGCAAACCCGCCGACCUCUCCCGGAUGCGCCAGGUCCUCAUGAAGCUCAAGCAGACCCCGCCGCCGCACAUGGCGCCCCCGCCGUCGCCACCGCAGCCGGCAGCACCGACGAAGGACGACGGCGGCGACAAGGGUGCCAAGAAUGACGGCAAGGGUGAGGCAGCUGACCAGACAGCUGGACAGGCCGAGAAAUCGACGGCGGCCGGCGGUGGCGAGAAGGACGCGCCCGUGGCAGCCGCGGCUGAUCCACCGGUGCCGGCGGCGGCGGCGGCGGCGGAAGCAGUGCAGGACAACAAGGCGGCAACCGAGCAGGAGCAGCCGGCCAAGAAGUGAUCGACCGCCAUGGUUGCUUGACGCUGAUCGCUCCACCAUCUUCUUUGCUUCCUUUGAACAAUAACACAAACUUUUUGCAAACUCUUCUGAACUCUCUCGGAAAGUCUGAAACAAAUUAAGCUGCACCGAUCCACAGUUGGGCACAAGAGAUUCGUGGAAGCAGCUAACACGCAUGUUUCUGUUCUACCGUCGCAUAUUCAGGAUUGAUUUUGUGAUAUCAUUUUCUUCCCUAGAAGAAAAAAAUAAGGUGGCCCCUAAUUAUUCGGACCCAGCAGAAGUUUUUGACUUUGCAUUUCGCAGACAACUUUUAUUAGGAUUUUCAAAUUUGCAACUCAAUUAAUUGACGACAUCUCGGUCCCUGUGCUACUAGUGCCUGACUAUCAACGAUAUAUAUUCAGGCUAAUCUGAGGCAGUUUUCUUGGCACCUCAAUAGAUUUCAGCAA